AGAGGAAACAAUGAGUUCAACACAACAGAACCAACAUGGAGCGAGAAGUCAGCGCUCUCAGGAGGCUGACAAACCUCACAGAAGGAAGAGAGAAAAAAAAUUAACCUGUGAUCAGUGUGGGAAGAAUUUUGCUGGGAAGUCUGAACUAAAACUGCAUCAAGUCAUCCACACUGGAGAGAGACUGUUCAGCUGUGAUCAGUGUGGAAAGUCUUUUACCCAGGCUGGACACUUAAAAACACACCAACUCAUCCACAGUGGAGAGAAACCGUACAGCUGUGAUCAGUGUGGCAGAGCUUUUAGUCUUAGUUGCAGCUUACGGAGGCAUCAAGUUAUCCACUCUGGAAUUAAGGCAUACAGCUGUGAAUAUUGUGGAAAAACUUUCAGCCAGCAAGGGAACAGAAAUACACACUUACGCAUUCACACUGGACAGGAUGUGUAUUGCUGUGGUCAGUGUGGCAAACUGUUUGCAACAGAUGCACACUUACAACAGCACAUGUUUACCCACACUGAGGAGAAAGCUUAUCAAUGUGACCUGUGUGAUAAGACUUUUAAAUCGCCACAUACCCUAAAAAGACACCAACAGAUCCACAGCAGAAAGAGACUCUACAAGUGCAGUUACUGUGAGAAGCAGAGCCACACAGAUGGAUCCAGUUCUCAGCCCUGUCGUCGAUGUGGUGGUGGGAAACCGUUUCGCUGUGACCUUUGUGGGACAACCUUCAAUCAUCAGCGGACCCUAAAAAUACAUCAGCGUAUACACACUGGACACAAACUGAACUACUGCAAAGAAUGUGGGAGAAGCUUCCCCACAGCAAGUAAAUUAAAACAACAUGAACUCUACCACAGUGGGGUUAAAAAGUACGUCUGUGACCAGUGUGGGUCAUCCUUCACCACUGCAGGUCAGCUUAAAGCACAUAAACGAGUCCACACAGGAGAGAAACCAUACAAGUGCAGACACUGUGAGAAAAGCUUCUCACAUUCAGGUAAUUGUAGCCUUCAUGAAAGUACACACCUUGAAGGGAACUACAGGUGUGACCAGUGUGACAAGAGCUUCAAGAAUUUCCGUUCAUAUGCCAAACACAAACGAGCCCACGCUGCAAAGAAACUGUUUCACUGUUACCAAUGUGCAAAAACAUUCUCUUCAUUAUCUGCUCUGUCCAAACAUCAGCGUGAUCAUGCAGGGCUGAAGUCAUUCCCAUCAUUGGAUCACAGUGAAGCUGCAGACACACAAAGUUCCUCUUCUGGUUGCAGGGUCAAACUUAAAAACCUUGAGAUCCGGCUCCACAGAAUUCCGAUGGAAUCUCCUGUAAACAGUGUCAGCUAAUGUUACACUUGGAUCUGAUGAGGUAGCUCUGAUUUCUGGACUUGCAGUGAAUAAUCCUGAAUCUGACAUUUAGGAAGCUGCAAGUACAGAUAUAUACAUAAAGGUGUUUAUUUUCUUUGAGGAAUUUUAUUAAUCCUCUAAAAUGUUAUCCCAGGUUUCCCAGUUACAUUUGAAACGUUUCGGAAACAGCAGUGCUUGUAUUAAAAAAAUGUAUAGAAAUGAUAUAUCCAACUGAUACUGCAGCCAACCUUUCUUUAAUAAGUACUUAAAGGUCGGUCGAGUCAGUGCAGUGCUCUGUGUUUAAUAAGCAGCAGCCAUCGAUAACUACAGACAUCAUUUUUUUUAUUAGAAUUUAAUUAUUAAACUAAAUACUUUCUCACAGGUGACCCUGUCUGUGGUUAUGAAUAUUAGCAGGUCAUUAAUAUCCAUUUAUACCACUACAAUAACAAAGUCAGAGUUGUUCUAGUUUGCUUUUAAUUACUUUCAAUUUUCUUUUUGUAAUUUUGUCUUUAAUCCAGUUCAGUUUGUUCCAAGUAUGGAUUUAUAUUAGUGUAGGUUUUUCUUUGUUUCCUCUUCAUUAGUUUGUGUUACUUUUCUUUGUAUUGCAGUAAUAUGUGGAAGUGUUGUCAGGAAGAGGACAGAUGUAGGAAGGACAGAGCAGGUAUUACAAUUCAAACACAGCAUCUUUGUGAAUGACUCACAGUGAUGUAGAAAUCCAAGUCUCAGACAUCUGCCCACUGAGUUAGCUUUGAAUCUUUUUAUAAUCCUUUUGUCUACAGCCGAGGGUACAGUAUCUGUCCAUCUAUCCAUUGAUCCACACACAAAUGUGCUGAAUCCAGUGAGGUUCCAGUUACAAAUAUUGGUAGGGACAUCUCCCUGCUAAUCAUGCUCGGUGAUUGGUAGGGACAUAACGGGUGUUGUUUGAUUUUUCCCAUAAGGUCAGUUCAGGUUAAAGCGGAGAUUUCUCGCUCAGUAAUUAUGACAACUUACUGGCACUUGCAUCACUGGCCACUUACAUAAAGACUCAAGGCUGCAGAAUAAAUCAGCGCUAAGAGUGAAAUAUAACAAUUUUUUGUCAAUUACACUGUUUUUGUGAUCGUUUGGAGCCAAAAUAAAAACUGAAAUCACUUA